CUCAAAAACAAUCAGACGAAGCAGAUAGUUGUUGCGUCGUUGCUAUGGCGAUUCUGGCGCAACCAUCCGUAGUGACUUAGUGUCAAGAGUUUUUUAGUAAAGCUUUUACUAAAACCAAUUAAAUACAGCAUCAUGUCUGAGACUACAACACUUAAAAUCUCUUACAUUUUCCCAAACGGAGACAAAUAUGAGGGCGAGUGCUCUCGUACUUCAGAUGGUGUGGUGAUAAGGAAAGGUUCUGGCACACAGACAUCAGCCUCUGGACUUACAUACACUGGGGAAUGGGGCAGUGAUAAGAUGAAUGGCAUAGGAACUCUUACACACCCAUCAGGAGCAAUUUACAGUGGCCUGUUCAGAGACAACAUGUAUCACGGCAAAGGAACUUACACAUUUCCAGAUGGGACAAAAUACACUGGAACCUUCAACAACAACAGAUUAGAAGGUGACGGGGAGUUCACAGAUUCACAAGGACUUGUGUGGACUGGGAAGUUCCAUAACAAAGCAGCACUAGGACUGAAGCUCAAAGUCAACAUGUGACGCACAGAUAUACACUGAACUUUAAAAGAUAUUUUGAAUUACACUGAAUUAUUAAAUAACGAGAGUACAAUAUGAGUAUCUUACCAAGACUAUGAAGUGAGCAUUUGAGUCCACCUAAGGCAAAUCACUAAGAAUUAACGCCUGUGAAACACACAGCUUGCAGCCUUGAGGCAUUGAUGUGAUCUGUUAAACAGAUGAAAUGACUUCAGUUCCAGCAGCAUCCAGCGAACAUCAAGAACACAUGUUCCCACACACUGCACUUUAGAAAGAAUCACUACUUUGUUUUGUGCAAGGGGUGAGAGAAAUGUGAUUCUCUGUGUACUGUUCGGCCAUUGGUGGAACGCAUCUCGAAAAUACACGAGCACGCACAAGCAGCCGAGCUCAUGACUGUGGUGAGAAGUCAGGAGUUGUGUAAGAGCGUGAAGCUCAAUUUCCUGUCUUCUGGAGUGAGAAUGUGUUUACUGUGGAUCAGGAGAGCUCAAUCCUGCUCCUAGAGAUCUACCACACUGCAGUCCACUUCUAAUCCUGCUUUAAAUAAACCUGAAGCUCCAGUGCGUUUGAUUAGACUUGAAA